CACAAAUCCACAAACACCUGCCGAGCCUGGAUCCUUCCUCUGGUCCGUGUUGUUUUCUCUUAGCAAAACUUCUAGAGACAGAAAGACAGGAAAAAGAAGGAGGCAGCAGCCAGCAGCAGAAGAGAAAGAGAAGGGAGAAGGUUAGAAUGUAGUCUGCCCUCCAUUCCCCUGCUCUGCCAUGGCUGCGGAAUUUUCUGCUUUUCCCUGAAAAGAUCCAGAUGCUGUCCUCUCCCAGCCUGGGAAGCAGAAAGCGGGACCCCCGCUGCGUGCUUUCACCUCAGCGGAGGCUGACCUCUGAAAGCCAGCAGGGCCUGGAGGGGCCAUGUCCCUCAUCUCGUGGCUCCGGUGGAAUGAGACCUCGCCACGGCUGUCACCCCGGAGCCCGGCUGAGAUGGUGCUAGAGACGCUCAUGAUGGAGCUGGCGGGGCAGAUGCGAGAGGCUGAGCGGCAGCAGCGGGAGCGCAGCCACGCGGACAGGAAGAUCUGCACCGGGGUGGACUACAGCUGGCUCGCCCGUACGCCCCGGCCCACCUAUGACCUCAGCCCCGGCGAGCGACUGCAGCUGGAGGAUGUCUGCGCCAAGAUCCACCCCUCCUACUGUGGGCCCGCCAUCCUCAGGUUCCGGCAGCUGAUGGCAGAGCAUGAGCCUGAGGUGCAGGAGGUGGCCCGGCUUUUCCGCUCAGUGCUGCAAGAGGUCCUGGAGAGGAUGAAGGAGGAAGAGGAGGCCCACAAGCUGACACGGCAGUGGAGCCUGAGGCCCCGCGGCAGCCUGGCCCUGGCUACCUUCAAGACCCGCAUGCGCAUAUACCCCUUCACCAGUGACAUCCGCACAAUCUCAGAGGAUGUGGAGCGAGACAUGCCACCACCACCCCGGACCUGGAGCAUGCCCGAGUUCCAGGUGCCGAAGGCAGACUGAGCCUGGCCACUCCUCUGACUGAGAGCUGAGCCACCUGCAAGAGGACAUAAUAGGGUCCUGGAACCUUCCCCCUCAGCCCCUGACUGGGAGGCUGAAGAGGCCCAAUCCCAAUAGACUCCUGUAAGACCAAGCAACCCCUCCAUGCCCCUCCUUUCCCCACUGGCCACAAGGUCCAGGGUCAGGGCUUGGAGCUGCGGGGGCCACCUCCUCUCACCCCUGCAUGAGUCUCUGCAGUGGCCCCUUACCUUCCUCGCAGAGUUGAGGUCUUGGCAGACAGAGGAGGGUCCCAUACCCAUCUUCUUCUAUCUGGAAGGGGGUGGGUUGCCCUGCCUUCUUGUCAAGACCUGGGUUCUGACCCCAACUUACAUCACCCCUCCUCCCUGUGUAAGGAUGAGGGGCCUGUUGGAUCUGCCCACUCUCAGUUGCAGAUUGACUGUUCUCACCACUGCAGGUGGUCACUGCAUAGGCCAUCAGAGCUGGAAGGGACCCCAGAGACUACCAGAUCCACCCCCGCCCCCCACCUAGUAAAUAAGGAAACUGGAGAGGCAGCUUCUUCCCCCUUGAACACCAACCAGCUCCCCCAUGGGCUGUGAGGUCAUUCCUGCAUGCCUACUUGCAGUCCCUGAGUCCUUGAGUCCUGGGCUAUGAAGGGACAGGUUCGAGGGCUGAGCUCCACCUGCCUGAGGUCAGAACCAUCUCUUACCCUGGCACUGGGGUGGGAGUCUAAGCUGCUCUCUAAGAAAGGUAACUGUAUGUGUGUGCGUGUGUUGGGGGGGGGGUUGUUGCCCAUUACUUUCACCCUUCAUUAUCAUCACAUGAGAUGUCGCCAGUCCCUAGCAGCUCCUUCCAAUGGACUCACUGCUCUAGAGGGUUCAGGUCUCUUCUGUAUCUGGUCUUGCCUGCUGACAUUCCUCGGGGAAAAUGAUGCCCGAACCUUUACCUGAGUCACCUGAGUGAAAUGUUCUAGAAGAGCCUCCCUAUAGCCUUCACUGUCCUACCAUUUUCCAAUACAUCUUGAUGAUGGGCAUGUGGAAUAUCCAAUGUGUGGGUCAUCCAUGGCCUAUUUGGAAGACCAGAUGCCUCCUGACACUCUGGGGCUGAAUUGGGGGGUAAGUAUGUGGCAGGAUGGGUGGGGAAACUGACUGCCCCUAACAGUCAUGAUCAAGAAAUACAAGUGUAUCUUAACAUGAGUCUAAAUAAAAUGCCAGGAAGAGGUCAAUCAACAGGGGGAAAAAUAUCCAUAUAUUCCUUAACCUAGCCCAGUGAAAAAAAAGUUACUGAUCUGAUUUUUGGAUUAUUUUCACCCAAAUUGGUUGGGGAAUUAUAGUAUGGUAGAAAACCUCUCAUCCAGCACAAGUUGCAGGAGUUGAUUGACUCAUUAACAUAAUUUGUGAUAGUCAAGAAUCAUUUAAAUAAAAAUACACCCCUUAAACAACGUACAUAUUUUAUUUUAACUUAAGACACAAAAAAAUUCACUCAGUUGGCAAACGUGUGAUGGCGGUCCGAGCUGCAUACACUUUUUUGUUAAUACGGGUUGUCUGAUCAGGGAAUUCUACACUUACUCUUUAUUGGUUUGCAUGUGCUGUGAAUUAAUCAUAGCAAUAAGAACAACUGGUAUAAACAAGUUUCGGAACAGACAGAAGCAACCCUUGGUAAGCAGACAACUUGGCUGAUGGGAGCUAAAGUGCUGGAGAGAACUAGAAAAGGACCUACUAGCCGUGAGCUUCCAGGGUGCCCUGGACAUGGGUCAGCAUGUUUUUCAGAGGGCAUGGAAUGUCAUGGUUAGCCUGGCAGGCACGUUCAGAGGACUGGAAAAGAGAAUGUCUACUGUUUCCCUCUUUCCUGCCACCCUCAUGUACCUAUUUCCACCAUAAAAGAAAAAAAGAAAGAAAACCCGAGGCACUCAACGUGGUGUUCUUUUUAAAUUUAAGAACUGGGCAGUGCAGGAAAGCCUUCCCUGCCAUUGUUGUGUGACACAGACAAGCUCUGCCAAUCUCAGUCCUGACAGGCAGAACCCACCAGCCCUUCUCAGACACUGGUGGUCCUGCAAACAGGUGAGUCCAGAAAUUGUUCCUCUGGAUUUGGAAUGUCAAGAGGAGCAAUGAUGUCUGCUUCAAUUUCUAUUUUUAAAAACUGAAUAACAAUAAAUAAAUACUUUUUUCCUUUAGAAGAAAGUUUGAGAUCCUCCUUGUGAGUUUCUGGUGAGUGGCUGGUGUUUGGUGAUGGCUGGGGGGGUAUCACUCCAGCAUCCUCAAGAUGCUGACAGGGGAGGGUGCAUGCAGCUCAACACCACUCACCA